UCCUCCAUUUUUUCUGUAGCUCAACAUCCAAACAUCUCUCACUUUCUCUCUCGAGAAUUCUCUCUCUCUACAGACACUAAAUUUGUUGCUGAAUAGUAGGGAGCAGUAAUGGCAGUGAAUGGGUUGUUGUGGGCAUCAAUGGAUGAGUUCUUGAAGCAGUGUGAGCAGUCCGGUGACUCUGCGUACGCUGCUUUCAGAUCACUGCUCGAGAGGCUCGAGGACCCGAUCACCCGAGUCCAAGCUCGGAUCUUCUUGUCUGAUCUCCAGAAACGGUUCGAUUCCAAGGAAGCCUCUGAGCAAUGCCUCCAGACCUUCCAUUUCCGAAUCCAAGACAUCUAUAUUGAGCAAUAUGAAGGUUACCAGAGAAGGAAGAAAUUGACAAUGAUGGUGAUUCCUAGCAUUUUUAUCCCAGAGGACUGGUCCUUCACUUUUUAUGAGGGACUGAAUAGGCAUCCGGACUCUAUUUUCAAGGACAAAACAGUUACUGAACUUGGUUGUGGAAAUGGAUGGAUAUCCAUUGCCAUUGCUGAGAAGUGGUUGCCUUUGAAGGUGUAUGGCCUUGAUAUCAAUCCGAGAGCCAUAAAGGUUUCUUGGAUAAACUUAUAUCUAAAUGCUCUGGAUGAAAAUGGUCAACCUGUCUAUGAUGAGGAGAAGAAAACUCUACUGGAUAGGGUGGAAUUUCAUGAAUCCGAUUUGCUAGCUUACUGUAGAGAUAAUCACAUAGAACUUGAACGAAUAGUUGGAUGCAUACCUCAGAUUCUUAACCCAAAUCCAGAUGCAAUGUCCAAGAUGAUUACAGAAAAUGCAAGCGAGGAGUUUCUUCAUUCGUUGAGUAACUAUUGUGCACUUCAGGGUUUUGUUGAGGAUCAGUUUGGCUUAGGUCUAAUUGCCAGGGCAGUUGAAGAAGGAAUUGCUGUCAUCAAGCCUAUGGGAAUUAUGAUCUUUAAUAUGGGAGGCCGUCCUGGACAAGGUGUUUGUAAACGUUUGUUUGAACGCCGUGGUCUCAGUGUUAAUAAGCUUUGGCAGACGAAAGUUAUUCAGGCUGCUGACACAGAUAUUUCAGCCUUAGUUGAAAUUGAGAAGAACAGUCCACACCGUUUUGAGUUCUUCAUGGGGCUUGUUGGAGAUCAGCCAAUUUGUGCCCGAACGGCAUGGGCUUAUGGAAAGGCUGGCGGUCGUAUUUCUCAUGCUUUAUCAGUUUACAGUUGUCAACUUCGUCAUCCACAUCAGGUUAAGGUAAUUUUUGAAUUUCUCAAAAAUGGGUUCCAUGAGAUCAACAAUUCUUUGGAUUUGUCUUUCGAGGAUGAUUCUGUCGCUGAUGAAAAGAUCCCUUUCCUGGCUUAUCUUGCCAGUGUUUUGAAAGAGAAUUUGUUUUUUCCAUAUGAACCACCAACUGGAAGUAAACGAUUUCGCAAUCUCAUUGCUGGCUUUAUGAAAACUUACCACCAUAUUCCACUUAAUGCCAAUAAUGUCAUUAUAUUUCCUUCAAGGGCUGUGACAAUUGAGAAUGCUCUUCGAUUAUUCUCGCCACGUCUUGCCAUUGUUGACGAACAUCUGACCAGAUACCUACCCAAGCAGUGGUUGACAUCUUUGACAAUUGAGAAUACAGAAACUGAUAAACCUUCAGAAGACAUACUUACAGUCAUUGAAGCCCCACGUCAGUCAGACUUGAUGAUAGAUCUGAUAAAAAAGCUAAAGCCACAGGUGGUGGUUACAGGGAUGGCUCAUUUUGAGGCGAUUACAAGUUCUGCUUUUCAACACCUUUUAGAUACUACAAGAGAAAUUGGAUCUCGACUGUUUUUAGACAUAUCAGACCACUUUGAGCUAUCCAGCCUCCCUGGUUCCAAUGGGGUCUUGAAAUAUCUUGCAGGAAAUCCUCUGCCGUCACACGCAGCAGUUAUAUGUGGCUUAUUAAAAAAUCAGGUUUAUUCAGACCUUGAAGUAGCUUUUGUGAUAUCAGAAGAAGAGACCAUUUGUAAAGCAUUAUCCAAGACCGUGGAACUAUUAGAAGGAAAUACUGCACUGAUUAGUCAAUACUAUUAUGGUUGUCUCUUCCAUGAGCUUUUAUCUUUCCAGCUUGCUGAUCGACGUCCUCCCACAGAGAGAGAAGGUGAAAAGGUGAAAGCUGGUGAGAUGAUUGGAUUCUCUAGUUCUGCCAUCUCGGUCCUUAAUCAUGCUGAGUUGUCAAUUACUGAGGCAGAUUCCUCUUCCCUAAUUCACAUGGAUGUGGAUCAAAGCUUUUUGCCUAUCCCAUCUCCCGUUAAGGCUGCUAUUUUUGAAAGUUUUGCAAGACAGAACAUGUUGGAGUCAGAAAUUGAUGUGACAACAAGCAUUGGACAAUUUAUCAAGAGCAACUAUGGUUUUCCAACAGAUAGCAACAAUGAAUUUUUAUAUGCAGAUUCCUCACUAGCUCUUUUCAAUAAAUUAGUCCUCUGCUGCAUACAAGAAGGUGGAACUUUGUGCUUCCCAGCAGGCUCAAAUGGGAAUUAUGUAUCUGCUGCCAAAUUUCUGAAGGCAAACAUUGUCAAUAUCCCUACCCACUCUGAAGAAGGGUUUAAGUUGACAGAAAAGAUUCUUGCAGGUUUAUUUGAGAAAUUGAAUAAACCGUGGCUGUACAUUUCCGGUCCAACAAUCAACCCUACUGGCUUGCUUUACAGCAACAAAGAGAUGGAAAAUAUAUUAUCUAUUUGUGCCAAGUAUGGGGCAAGAGUUGUAAUUGAUACUUCAUUCUCUGGAUUGGAGUUUAACUCUAAGGGCUGGGAUGGUUGGAAUUUGGAAGGCUGUUUAACAAAUCUGAAUAGGUCUGGCAAGCCACCCUUCUCUGUUUCUCUGCUUGGAGGACUGUCUUUGAAGAUGCUUACUGGAGGGCUGACCUUUGGGUUUCUGAUUCUAAACCAACCUUUCUUGGUUGAUGCAUUCCAUAGCUUUUCAGGGUUAAGCAAACCUCACAGCACUGUUAAAUACACCGUAAAGAAGCUGCUGGAUCUGACAGAACAGAAAGCGGGACACUUAUUGGAUGCCAUUGCAGAACAGGAAAAGGUUUUGGGAAUUAGAUCUAAGCACUUGAAGGAGACGCUAGAGAAUUGUGGAUGGGAGGUACUUGAAGCUCGUGCUGGUGUUUCCAUGGUGGCAAAGCCAUCUGCCUAUCUCGGCAAGAGCAUUAAGCUCAAGGAAGAUGCGAACACUUUUGAAACCAAGCUGGAUGAUUCAAAUAUCAGGGAAGCCAUCCACAGGGCCACUGGGCUAUGCAUCAACAGCGCUUCCUGGACUGGAAUUCCUGGCUUUUGCCGCUUCACAAUUGCAUUGGAAGAUAGUGAAUUUGAGCGUGCAUUGGCUUGCAUAGUCAAAUUCAAAAGCAUCAUCAGCAACUGAAUUGUUUUUGUUGUUGCCAUCUCCUCUCUGAUUGGUUGCUUCCGCAACUUAAUGUUCCAUGAAAUAAACUUCCUCCCAUGGUUUGCCAUAACUCAUGUCAAGCUCUCUCCACAAGUCAGUGUUGAUUCAGGUUUUUCUCCUAUCCAUGUAAGUGUAUACAAGAUUACAAAUGUCAUCUUUGUCUCUUGAUUAUAGUUUUGAGAAACUUCAUACAAUGUCCCACAGAUCACACCUUCUGUUUUUAUAUAAUGAUGAAAACUUUUUUUAUUUU